UCAAACAUAAUCAUUAAAAAAAAUAAAUAAAUAAAUAAACUUUCAUUCAUCAUGCUCAUCUCUAUCAUUCAAAUUACAACAGUGACAAAAGAGAAGCGCAAGCAAUGAACCAAGAAAGCAAGAAAGAGUACAUGGUUCAAAGCAUGAAUACAAUAAUCUUCACAACCAUAGUACUCAUCAUCCUCAUCAUCCUCAUUAAACUUCUCAUCUUCUCCAAAACUCAAAACAAGAACAAGAUUAAGAAACCACCAAGUCCCACUUCACUCCCAAUCCUUGGUCACCUCCAUCUCCUCAUAAACAACAAACAACCACUCUACAAAACUCUCACUCAACUCUCCAACAACCAUGGCCCCAUCAUGCUCCUCCGUUUUGGCUUUCGGCGCCAUGUUCUCAUCGUCUCAUCUUUCUCCGCUGCAACUGAGUGCUUCACCAACCUCGACAUCAUAUUUGCAAACCGUCCCAAACUCCCCUCCGAAGGUCAUCUAACAUACCACUCUCGGCACCUCUUCUUUGAUAGAUUUAGUGGGUGUGUGGUACGACCAGACAUAAAAGCAAAGCACUUUGUAUCUAAAGACCAACGGUUUCUUCUGAGUAUCCAUCAACAUUCUUAUGGUCCUCACUGGCGUAACAUUUGCCGCAUCGUCGCCGUCCAUCUCUUCUCUUCAGCGAAGCUCAACUCAUCAUCCAUCAUCCGUGCUUCAGAGACACAUGCACUUGUCCGGCGCUUGUUCAAAGGUGGCAGUGAGUUCAAGAGAGUGAAUAUCAGGACAGUGUUGCAUGAGAUUGUGUUGAAUGUGAUGAUGAUGUUGGUGGCCGGAAAGAGGUAUUAUGUGGAUGAAGGUGUAGGUGCGGAUGUGGAUGAAGUCAAGUGGUUUGAGGAGAUGGUGGAGGAGACGUUCAAGCUUAGUGGGAUGUCAAAUGUCAGGGAUUUCUUACCGGAGUUGUUGAGGGUCGUGGAUGUGCAUGGAGUGGAGAAGAAGUUGGCGAGGUUGGAGAAGAUGUGGGAUGAGUACUUGCAGAGGUUGAUAGAUGAGUUGAGAGGCAAACUUGGCAAUGGAAAUCAUGAUAAUGAGUCCAUUAUUAGAAUGACGCUUAUUGGUACUUUGCUAUCAAUGCAAGAAGAUGAAGACCCAGAUUAUUACACUGAUAAUCUCAUCAAAACACAAGUCCUGAGUCUUUUAUCUGCUGGAACGGAUACAUCAUCCGCGACGAUAGAAUGGGGAUUGUCACUGCUAGUAAACCAUCCUCAAGUUUUGAAAAAGGCUCAAGAUGAGAUUGAUGAACUUGUAGGACAUGACAGACUAAUCAAAGAGUUUGAUAUCCCUAACCUUCCUUACCUUCAUUGCAUUGUGCUUGAAAUUCUUAGGCUUUAUCCUGCAGCACCAUUACUUCUCCCUCAUGAAUCAUCUCAAGAAUGCAAGGUCUUCGGCUUUGACAUCCCUCGUGGGACGAUACUAGUGGUGAAUGCUUAUGCCAUGCAUAUAGACCCGGAGAUAUGGGAAGAUGCAUUGGUGUUUAAGCCUGAGAGAUUUUUAGGUGGAGAGGAGAAAGUGAAGAAGAUGAUGCCUUUUGGGAUGGGGAGAAGGAGGUGUCCUGGUGAAGGACUUAGUUUUAGGCUUGUUGAGUUGGUGCUUGGGGCUCUAGUGCAGUGUUUUGAGUGGGAGAGAGUUGAGGAUGAGGAGGUGAGCAUGGAGGGAGGAGCUGGUUUGGAUAUGCAUAAGGCUAUGGCACUUGAGCUUAUGUGCAAACCUCGUCCAGAUUUGAUUGUUGUUAUCUCUGGACUUUAA